GUGAGCUAACCUUCUGCACUCCAAUAUACCGUGCCCAUUCCCGAGCAAAGCACUGUCGUUUCUGUUGUAAAGAAACAAGUGGAUCUCUGUGAUCAGGACCACGAGACAGCUAUGGAAGAACUUACAGCGUUCGUGUCCAAAUCGUUCGACCAGAAAACCAAGGAGAGCAGUAAGAAGGAGAGUAUCACGUACAGGGAAGUUUUGGAGAGUGGUUUAGCGCGAGCCAGGGAGCUGGGGAAUUCAGAGACAAACCUUCAGGACAUAAGUGAAACCAGCAACCACUGCCCAGUACACCUUUUCAAAGAGCACGUGGAGUUAGAAAAGGAAAAAAUGAAAGAGUUUAACGUAUCAAGGGCUUCUGAAGGAAUCUAUGAGUGCAAAGAAAAAAAAGAGGAAGUGAAAUCAGAAGAUGAGGAUGGACAGAGCAAGCUGAAACAGAGACGGAGUAGGACCAAUUUUACUUUGGAACAGCUGAAUGAACUGGAGAGACUCUUUGAUGAAACGCACUAUCCAGACGCUUUCAUGCGAGAGGAGUUGAGUCAGAGACUGGGGCUGUCCGAAGCUCGGGUUCAGGUUUGGUUUCAAAACAGAAGAGCUAAAUGUCGAAAACAAGAAAACCAAAUGCAUAAAGGUGUUAUUCUGGGGCCAGCAAGCCAUUUAGAUGCCUGCAGAGUUGCUCCUUAUGUGAAUAUGGGUGCAUUAAGGAUGCCUUUUCAACAGGUUCAAGCUCAAUUGCAGUUGGAAGGAGUUGCACAUGCCCAUCACCACCUCCACCCUCACCUCGCUGCUCACGCCCCUUACCUGAUGUUCCCUCCCCCGCCCUUUGGACUACCAAUCACCUCACUGGCUGAGUCAGCCUCUGCUGCAGCAGCUGUAGCUGCUGCCGCCAAGAGCAACAGCAAGAACUCCAGCAUUGCUGACCUCAGGCUCAAAGCAAGAAAACAUGCUGAGGCGCUGGGACUCUGACCUCCAGUCUUCUUUGUCGGCCUGGACUUUAAUAAUUGCUCCUCACACAACUUUUUAACAAUACUUUAGCUGUGAAAAGGCCAGGACACAAAAAUACUCAAAAUUGUCAGAGAACCAGCUGCCAAAACACAACCACUUUUUGAGAUGAUAAUUAAAAACCAAUGAAUUCCUGCUUCCUUCUUCAGCCAAGAUCUUGGUGAAGGGAUACAAAGAUACAGCCUGUUGGAACUUCAGUAUUGUGGUCAAUUUACUUUUAAAGCCAGUGGAGCUUACAAAACAUCUGGAUAUUGUCCUCAAACAGAAUAGGAAGGGUGCUUUUUUGGAAAAAAAAAAUGUCAUUAACAUUUAUUAUCAGCAACCUGUGUGACUAAAUGACGCUGAGGCCUUGGAUAUUCAACCUUGCAAAAAUGACCCUCUCUUGCCCAGUGCAUGUUUAACUGAAACUGUUAACUCUUUGGGGCUGGCCUCCAUUGUGUUGCCAACGUUAUUAUUUCACUACCACAAUAAUCUUCCACCGUUUGAAUCUACUGCGAAGAGGUUGUUCUUUGAUUUAGUAUGGACCCUUAGGGAGCAGUUGUAGCAAUCAAAUAUUAUCUCCAUUCAGCUUUUUUUUUUUUUUUUGAAGGAAUUACAGCAUUGUUCAGUUACAACAUUUCUGCAGAUUUUAUAGUGGCAAGAUCAAUAUAGUUGUUUCUCUUUGUUAAUUAACAAAAUGUUAUGACUUGGGAAUGAAGUGCCACUGCACUUCAUAACAUGUUUCUAAUUGUUUACAAUCAGUGUUACAAGCAAAUGCUACUUACAAAAAAAAAAAGAAAAACAGAAUGGGUUUAACUUGUAAACCCAUUCCUGUGUAAUA